GCGGGCGCGGCUGGAGCUGCUGCCGCCGCCGCCGCGCCAGCAGGUCCUAAUGCCUGUCACUUCCCAGGACACUGGCAGCAGCAGCCCGGAGCCCCCGAGCCCUCGGCAGGUUUGCCUGUCCUUCCCCGCGAUCUGAUUGGAUAAAGUGGGGGCUCGACGGUGGCCGACGUGGGACAGUCUGGCUGUGGCAGGGGUCUCGGAAACCAUGGGUUAUUGCAGUGGCAGGUGCACGCUUAUCUUUAUCUGUGGCAUGCAACUGGUUUGUGUGCUGGAGAGGCAAAUAUUUGACUUCCUUGGAUAUCAGUGGGCACCUAUCCUGGCAAAUUUUGUACAUAUUAUUAUCGUCAUUCUUGGUUUAUUUGGGACUAUUCAAUAUAGACCUCGUUACAUAACAGGAUAUGCUGUCUGGCUAGUCCUCUGGGUUACCUGGAAUGUGUUUGUUAUCUGCUUCUAUUUGGAGGCUGGGGACCUCUCAAAGGAAACAGACCUUAUCCUGACUUUUAAUAUUUCAAUGCACCGAUCUUGGUGGAUGGAGAAUGGACCAGGAUGUACGGUGACAUCAGUGACACCUGCACCAGACUGGGCCCCAGAAGACCAUCGCUACAUCACGGUCUCAGGGUGUUUUCUGGAGUACCAGUACAUAGAAGUGGCUCAUAGUUCCCUCCAGAUUGUCCUCGCAAUUCUUUUUCCCUUUAGACCCCAGAUGCUUACAGAUGUUAAUCUCCAGAGAAGGGCGAUGAUUCUCCCAACAAAGGCGGUUUGUUGCUUGGCUUUGCUUCACUGAAACCCAGUCAGAGGCUCUGAUGACAGAUAGUCUGCUUGUCAGCCUUGCUUCAUGAAUCCAAAGAAAAUGGAACUUAUCAGAAGCUGAGCCUCAAGCACAACCUGUGCCUCUUAUUUGGGCCUUUUCAUGCUAGGUUUGGCGGAGGUCUCUGUCUUUCAUCAUUUGGUUCACUGACAGAAAGAGAAGGGAGCUGUUGCACUUUUAGGUACCACUCUGCAGACUGCUAUAUUGCAAAAUAAACAAACAAUAUAUUUUUAGGGCACCACCUGCAGCAAGCAGCUGUACCAAACAGAGCAGAACCACGAAGGAUGUGAUUUGUUCCAUUUAACAUGAAGCCUUGAGGUUUAGAGGAGAGGGGAGGAGAAGGUUCUAUGUAUACAACCCACACAUCCGCAAUUUCAACUGAAGCUGAUUUUUUUUUCUUUUUUAGAUUGGAAUUGAAGUAUCAUUAUAUCUCUCCUCCUUUCCCACCCCACAACCUCUGGUUGAAAACAAUUCUAUUAUUGGGCUUAUAACUGUUAACUGAGAAAAUCAUUUUUCUCUGCCAGUAAACUUCCUCUUCCAUUCAAGGGCAAUUUUCUCUCAAGCAACCUAUACUUAAAUGCCAACAUCUGCUAUAUCUAAGCUGUAUAUAAAUGGUGUCUGGCAUUUACAUGAUGCCAAUGACAUGAUUAGAGAAACUCAUACAUUUGGCUUACAUGGAAUUUUCUUCUUAUCUUAUAGAUUUCAUCUAUUUCAGUCCUUCUUCGGGAUCUGUCUGCCUCUUUAAAUGUGCCAUGCAAGUCCAAAAUACUCUGAAAGCUGAACUUUUAACUCUUAUUCUGGUUGACAGUGAACUCCUACAUUAACUCCUAUCUUUCUGGGCAGUAAAGCUGCAUAGCACAUUGUGAUAAAAUUCCACCAUAUCUGCCAUUGUCUGAGCACCCAGAAUUCUGAGGCUGAUGCAAGGGAUAUUUUAAGUACUUGCUUUUUUCCCCUAGAUUUAAAGAUCCCCUCAUUCUCUUAAUGGCUAUUGAUUCUGACCUCACAAACCAAAGUCACCAUUUCAUUUUAAGUUCUUCUAGAUGAGCUGGGAUAAAUAUAAUUAAAUUAUGGAUGACUCUGGAAGCAAUCCAGGUAGUUACAAAUUGAGGUCAUUUUAAGUACAGAGGUCAUUUAAGUCCAGUUACCUUUAAUAUUAGAUUGGCCACCAAGAACGAUACGAUGUUCAGCUUUUUCUUGACAGUGAACACAUUUUUAAAAGAGUGAGGAAACUUGCCUAAAUAUUUAAGAGGUGAACUCCAAUGCCGUCCUCAACUUCUCCACCACUGACUAGAUUCUAAGUCUGAAGGAGAAAAGUCUAUUGACCGUCUGCUUGUGGCUCAUUAACACUCUUUGGUGGGACUUGUAGAUAUUGCUCUAAGAUUCAGAGAGGUGAGAUGAAGAGAUUACAAAUCUGCAAUGAUGCAUGCCUCCAGUUAAUAGAGGAAAUCAAAUCCUGUGAGCCAGGAAACUAAAUUUCCUCUAUUAUUUUCACCUGCAUCAUUAAGAUGAUGAUUUUUUACAAUAUUGGGCACAAAAUAAAUUCCUGCCAAGAGUGUUGAAUGUGAGAACUGCUUCCCUCUCCUUCACCUUUCUAACAUAUUAGAAGACAUUUUCUGGAAAAAAGCCCAGACUGGGUUUUGCUAAAUUACGUCUGCUGCUGCAUCCCCGUCAAUCAGACAAGUUUCUCCUUUAUGACUUAUGGGACAGUGCUUCUCACUGUAGGUCGUUGAAACUGGAAAACCAAGGGAAGUAUCUUUAGUUCCAAAGAACCAAAGAAGACCUUUAGUUGGAGCAUCUUUAUGUUCCACAAGAGUCAGUUAGAUUGCUCUUUAAUUAGUAAUUAUAGUACACCAAAUAUUCUUCAGGGCUCUCAGGGGAAUAUUAAGAGAGAGAUAAUAAAAGAGAAAGCCUUUGACCAUGAGGCUUAGUGAGUAUGGAAUGAGGGAGAGGACUGAGUGAGGCAGGUGUAACUGGAUAUUGAAUCAGGUUAAAAAAACAUGGAUGGCAAAGGAGAGGAUUCACCAUUUCAUACAGCUGAAACUGUGUGCAAAGGGUAGAGAGACAAACAUUAGGCACCUUCUCUAAGCCUCAGUUUCCCCAUCUGCAGUAGGCUUAACUCGUUGGGUUUAUGAUUAUAAUUAUGAUUACUGUUGGUUUUGGUGGCAAAAAAUAUAUAACAUAAAAUCUCUCCUCUUAACAAAAGUUUAAUUGUACAAUACACUAUUGUUAUGAUAUGUACAUGAUUGUACAGUAGAUCUCUAGAACUUUUUUAUCGUGCUUGGCAGAACUCUAUACUUACUCAAUAGCAAUUCAUAAUAUCCCCCUCCCCUCAGCACCUAGCAACAUGAUUUUACAUUCUGCUUCUUUAAGUUUGACUAUUUUAGAGACCUCAUAUAACUGAAAUCUUAUAGUACAUAUUUUUCUGUGACUUACUGAUUUCGCUUAGUAUAAUGUCCUUAAGGUUUAUCCAUGUUGUCACAGACAACAGGAUUUUCUUCUUCU